AUGGCGCUGUUUUCAGCAGCAGCAAAAGGAGACUUCCUGAAGAUACAAUCAUUAAUCGACUCGGAGGACAAGUCAGAGGAUUCGGGAGGAGUUGAUGUAAACUGCUCGGAUAAGUCUGGCCAGACACUCCUUCACAUUGCUUCGGAAAACGGACAUUUGCAAACGGUUAAAUGCCUUACCCAUCAUGGAGCAAAAGUGAAUGUAGUCGAUGCUAACCUACAGACAUCGGUUCACUUAUGCUCAAUGAAAGGCCAUCUUCAUGUGGUAGAACUGUUAGCGAACGAAGGAGCAGAUCUUGAUGUUGGUGACAAAGAUGGGUUUACAGCUCUUCACAUAGCAUCAGUCGAAGGCCAUCUCGAAGUCGUCCAGUAUAUCGUUAACAAAGGAGCAGGUAUCGAAAUUGGUGAUAAAUAUGGGAUAACUGCUCUUCACAUAGCUUCACUCAAGGGUCAUCUUGCUAUUGUCAAAUACCUUGUUAGGAAAGGUGCUGACCCGGGAAAACUUGCUAAUGAAGAGGACCACUAUGACUACCUUCGCAGUAUUUUUGGUAGUGGGGCUUUACCUAGCUAUAUGCCCCCAUACUCCCGAACAUACGAUCCAUAUCUUACCAGUCCACAAGACAUCUCUCGCUCCUCGAGGAAGAGCAUCAGAGAAGAGACAAUGAUUAUAAGUCUCGACGAGUACAGCAUCAAGGUUUCACUUUCACCAGAAGAUGAGGACAGAGCCAAAUAUAUCACAGCAGAAGCAUUGACAACCGUUCCACAUGACUUAAACCUGGAAAAAGACGAAGUUAUCAUCUCAGUUGGGCUUAAGCUUUCCCCUCCUGGUCUUCAGUUUAAAACUCCGGUGGAAGUCACGGUCUCGCAUAGCGCUAUGUUCACCAACCCAGACAAGGCAGAAAUUGUGCUAUACACCCGAAGAACUGGCGUUGACUGA